AUGCCUUGUAUUAUUUCAGCUUUCAAGUGUGACGAUGUGUGUGUGUUCAGGUUUGUGAGCUCGGAGGACCAGUGCGAGGUGCCCGAGUGGUUCGUGGAUGAUGAGAAAAAACACAGGAAUAAGCCCAUCCCCGUCACCAAGAAGAUGGUGGAGGAGUACAAGGCAAAAUGGAAGGAGAUCAACGCCAGGCCCAUUAAACGAGUGGCCGAGGCUAAGGCCAGGAAGAAGAGGAGGGUAAGCGAGAGAGCGAUGGGGAUGGAGGAGAGGGGAAAAUGAUGGGAUGUAUGGUGAAAGGAGAGAGGAAAGGUGAGAAAGAAGGGGAAGUGAAUGAAAGGAAGGGAGAGGGGUAAAGAGAAAAAGGGGGAGAAGAAUGUAUUAAGGGAAGAGAAGGGGGAUGUAGGGAGCCUAGCGGUUAAGAGCAUUGGGCCAUUAACCUAAAGGCCGCUGGUUCGAAUCCCCGAGCAGACUAGGUGAAAAACCUGUCUGUGCCCUUGAGAAAGGUAAGUCGCUCUGGAUAAGAGCAUCUGCUAAAUUACUUAACAUUUAAAUGUAAAAGGUGGGAGCAGAGGGAGAAGGGGUGAAAAGAGUAAUGUGGGAAGAAAAAGGUAAAGGAGAGAAGGAAAGUGGAAGACGGGGUUGAUAGCUGUAUAUAUACUUCAGUUGUUUAUUCAAGACAAAGAUAGAGGAUAGGCAGCAAUAUAUGACCUGUUUGUGUGAUGUGACAGAUGCUGAAGAAGAUGGAAUCAGCCAAGAAGAAGGCGGAGGCGGUGGUCAACACAGUGGACAUCGGUGAAAGGGAGAAGAUGGCUCAGCUCAAGAGGUACGACCGCCAUUUUACACCAUAAAAACCACUGCAACUACAUGUACCAUAAACAUUUUACACUCCUACACCUGUGGCAACGUCAUGUGGUCCUCUGUAGCUCAGCUGGUAGAGCACGGCGCUUGUAACGCCAAGGUAGUGGGUUCGAACCCCGGGACCACCCAUACACAAAAAAAUGUAUGCACGCAUGACUGUAAGUCGCUUUGGAUAAAAGCGUCUGCUAAAUGGCAUAUUAUAUUAUUAUAUUAUAUUAUGUACCAUCACCAAGUUUUACUUUACUACACCCGUGGCAGCCAGCUACAUCUACUCUGGCAGUGACAUGUACCACCACCAUUUUACUUCAGCAAGUGAAGUCCAUCCUCGCUCUCUCUUUCAGUAUCUAUAAGAAGGCGGGCGUGGGUAAAGAUAAGAGAGAGGUCAUGUACAUCAUGGCCAAGAAGGGCUCCGAAACCAAGCGGGUGCGUCGGCCGGCCGGCGUCAAGGGCCAGUUCAAAGUGGUGGAAGGCCGCGUGAAG